AACUUCUUAACGUUUCCCAAUCUCAACGGUUGAUCUACGUCUAUAUUGACGGCGGAAGUCUUCUAGCGGCAUUCCCCCUCCCAAAUCUCUGGAUGCCGAAAUAUACUAAUCCCGUGGCAUGCUGUAAAUUGACAGCUCAGCUUUCACUCUCCGGCAUUCGCUCGAGAGCAUCGGCGCAAGGAUGGAAUCUGAAAAAACGAGCAGGAGAAAAUGCCGCAAACACACUACAUGCCACUCGAGUAACCUCCCGAUUUUCUAGAGGCGCCAAUGUUAGAGACAACUUUGGACCGCAAUCCCGUUGCCUGCACGAUGUUGGAAGACGAUUAAUCCAUAGUGGCUCUCUCCCGGAGUCAGAUCCUGAUCCGGGUUUCUUUCACCAAGACUCUACAAAGGCUCCCGGAAAACGGCGCGUGGUGUUGACUCAUUUUACACCUAUAUACGAGGAGAAAGAAUGGGGGCAGAGGGGUAAAAAGCAUCUUGGGCGCCGUCCAAAAGCACAAAAAUCAAAACUCGAGAAAAGUAGACAGUACGUACUGUCAAAUUUCAAACCAAUUCAGUCUUCCAGUGAGAAGGAAUAUGUGUCAUCAACCAGUGUACCCAAACGUGUCAAGGCAGCGAUUAAACGCGCUCAAUCAUCUUUGAAGGCUCAAGGCCGGGUUCUCAGUCGUGAAGCAUUCGACUUCGAUAUCAAUAUUCGAGUCUCCUCCAUGUUCCCAUACACAGGAACCCCAGAAUGGUGGACAACUUCAUGCCGAGAACUCUUUAUGGCGAAAACGGAUAAACACGAGCAUACGUGGAAGAUGCCUGAAAAAACCGAAAGAUUCACAUUUGGAUUGAUAGAUACGAUCAAGGGGGAGAAUAUCCAGAGCUUUAAAACCGCUUGGGAAAGCCUGAACAAUACUACUAAACAAGCUCAGUGGCCCUUGAUAGCCCUUUGGUUGCUUCGAGAGAUGCCCUGCAAACUCCCAGACUUUCUGAUGGCUACCAACUCUAAACCCUAUCCUCUAUUUUCGAUGGUUAGCGAUUGUAUGUCGUAUAUUCGCACCUUUCAUAGCAAAGAUGUUGAUCCAGAUUCAUUUCGCGCUGCCAUUUUAACGUGUAUGGGCCCGGACAGAUGGCCAGUUGCCGUUCUGCCUCAACGUGGAGUGAGAAGGUAUGCUAGGGCAGCAGGGGUGGAAAAAGCACAGGAAGCCUUCGAAAUACUACGCUCACGAGAAUACCAGUUGUCUGCUGCCACACUACUUUGCUUUAUGAAUAUAUUCACCCAAGCCGAGAAUGUCGACAAAGCGCUAGAAUGUCUUCGCAUGGUUCACGCAAUGGAUUCUCAGUCGAAAAUACUUGGCACGGAAGACGUAAUACGCCAUUGUUGCAAACUCCUUCAGCUUGACAGCGUCGUUGAGGAGGAUGGUGUGCGAAAUUUCAAGAUUUUACCUCAGUUACUGGAGCUAGGUGUCAAUCCAACCCUUGAGAUGAUGAACGUGGUGUUAGCCAACGCUUUCGCGACUGGGGAUCCAUAUUUAGGCCUUGAUAUGUUGAACUAUAUGAAAGAUCGAGGCAUGGAGCUGGAUUCCUAUACUUACUGCACACUACUCAGUGAUGCUGUUGCUCGAUCCGAUCGAAGUCGAAUCGAAAGUCUCAUGCAAGAAAUCUACCCCCGGGAAGAGUUAAGGAAUGAACCACAUGUUGCAAGCAAGAUUCUCCAUGCCCACUUCAUUUUCGGGGCUGAGAAUAUUGACAUGAAAAGCGAUUCAUCUAGAGUAUUCAUGGACAUGCUCGAACUUUACUGCCGCUGCUAUGAUCCUACCCCUCUGAAAGAUUUACAAAUAAUUCCGCCGCACUUUAACAAUGUCGACAUUGAAUGCGACACCCAGCCGUCGUCACAUGCCUUAUUCUUAAUACUUGCGACAUAUCUCAGGUGCAACACCGAUCCAAUCCGCGUAAUGCGCCUUUAUCGAAAAUUUCGCGAACUUGCCUCCCAGCAACAUCCUGUGAUUUCUCCGUUGGUUCAGUACCCUCAUCUUUUUAACGAGUUUAUCUUAUCGUUUCGUCACCACAGCUCAGAUUUGCGACACUGUGUUUCCAUUGUGGAGGACAUGCUCCGGCCAGUUCCCGAGUCAAUCACCGUUGCAGGCCCUCGAAUAACUCCCGCAAAGCCAAACGUUUGGACAUGGAAUACACUUUUGAGCGUGCUCAACAUCAAGAAGCAGCCCAAUGGAAUAAAAGUGAUCCAAGGCAUGAUGGAACGACACGGGGUGAAACCUGACAUGGUGACAUGGAACACAAUUAUAUAUGGCACUGCGACAAGGCAAGACAUGAUAUCCACGGCUUUUGCUAUUAGGAAAAUGGAAUCCGAAGGCUUCACCCCCGACUCGGAUACGCUCAGGGCGUUACGAUAUGCAAGGGACCCAGAAAAGCUUCACGCUGCUUUUGACAAACUCAAUGACGAAGACCGAGAACUUUCGAGACGAGAGAACGAGGUUCUUGAACAAGAAAACGAGGAGCUUCUAGACAAAGGUCUCCAACGUCUGGCGAUUGCUGGUAAAACGGCGAACACAUGAGAUACCCUUUUGACAUUUGUGUAAGAGUUCUAGUAUAUAAUUACAGAGGCCCGGUCUCUUUCUUAUUUUAUUUGUCUCAAUAUUUUUAUUAACCUCGCCACUUGAUCAAUUUAUGGGUAAUAUUAAUACCCUUUCAUAUCCAUUCGUCGUUGGGCAAGAGUUCCGAGAAAAAUUUCGGGAUAUACUUGUCUUCGUAGCUAGUCAUGAUAUAGUUGACAUUCCCAAACUAAACGCUUUAUUUUGCACAAUUCGUAAACUCAGUCAUCGAUGAAUACCGAAAUCGCCAUAACCACACAGCAUAUACUUAUAUAUGGGCUGAGCCUUUCUCCUAUUCUAGCACAUUUCCAGAAUAUGCCAAAAAAACCCAUGUUGAUUGCGAU